GGUUUAUUUACUCGCAGAAACACGAUCGCUGGCGUUUGUGGUUCUAGUCGUCUCUGACCCGCUGGUCGCAGUCGAGUUCUGUUCUCCGUUCAAACUUUCAGCUCUAAUCGGCAAAGAAAACUAUAAAUACGCGCACAGCUAAAACAUUGAGAAUGUCUGUGACCACAAUCGCCUUCGUCUCGACCACGAACUCUCGCAGUCUCAGCCACUUGUUCAAGACCAACAGAAAUACAAUUUUGUUUGACCCAUUUGUGCCCACUUGCAGAAAUUCGUUUUCAAAGCCACCAUAUCUCCGUCAACGCUUCUCCAGAAUCUUCUAUGGGGCUUCUGGGGAAAGCUCAAUCAGUACUGGCUUCAAACCCUUUUUUCCUCCUGUCAUGGAGUGGCAGGAUUGCACGGUUAAGAUGGAAAUUAAUGUGCCUAUCUCAGUUGCUUAUAAAUGCUACUCUGAUCGCGAAGCAAUUCCGAAAUGGAUGCCUUUUAUUUCUUCUGUGAAGAUAUUGGAAGACAAGCCUGACCUAUCAAGGUGGUCAUUGAAGUAUGAAGCUUUUGGUCAGAAUAUUGAGUACUCUUGGCUUGCUCGAAAUAUGCAACCCAUCACUAACCAGAAAAUCCACUGGAGAUCUCUGGAAGGUCUUCCUAACAGGGGUGCUGUUCGUUUCUUCCCGAAAGGUCCUGAAUCAUGCAUUGUAGAACUAACUGUUUCCUAUGAAGUUCCCCAACUUUUAGUUCCAGUGGCAUCAGCUCUGCAACCAUUUCUUGAAGGCCUACUCAAAAGUGGUUUAGAACGAUUUGCAACUUUUGCAAAAAGCUCUUAGGCACAUUUAGUGGCCUUCCUAACUCAAUUGCUUCCAUUUUUUUCCCCUUUUUUUGAUGUGGAACAUUUUUAUGAAAUAUGAACUAUUUUCUUCAAUUAUGAUGUCAUUGUUUGGGCAACAGCAACCACCCAACCCCCUCCCUCCUCUUUUUCUUGUGGUUUCAUUUGGAUUGUAACAUUUACUCGUUCCUGGUUAUGUGAAUUUUUCAUUGAUGGGGGGGACUUUAUGCUUUG